AUGGCUCAUCAGUCUGAGAUCCUUGACUCUAAAAACAAUUAUUUGUGCGAACAUUGUUUAAAGGCAUUUAACUGCUCCUAUCAUUUAAAAAGGCAUCUGAAAAUACAUACUGGCGAGAAAUUAUACCCCUGUGAAAUAUGUCCAAAGAAAUUUUCUCGCAAAGAACACUUAAAAAGACACCUGACAAUCCAUAGUGGCGGCGAAAAACAGUAUUCCUGUAAGCAUCUAAUAAUCCAUACUGAAGAGAAACCGUAUUCAUGUGAACAGUGUUCAAAGGCAUUCUCCCGCAUUGAUAGCCUAAACUCACAUCUGAGAACCCAUUCUGGCGAGAAACUUUAUGCAUGUGAACAUUGUUCACGGGCAUUUACCACCGCCUCAGAUUUAAAGAAACAUCUGAGAUUGACUUUUAAAAUACUUAAAGAAACUAAAGUUAUCUGUAUAUUAGAACAAUGA